CUGUCUCUAUGGGUGUGACUGUUCUUUACAGCUCUCACGGUGUCAGGGAACGCUCCGGUGAAGACAACAUAGAAGAAUAUUCUUCCUGUUAUUUUCUGGAAGAGACGGCCAGCAGUGCGAGGAGACGUCAAAGAAGUUAAGAGGUUAACCGGGAGCAGAAGCUGAAAUCUAUCAGUGAACCAGGCCUCAAGUUUUCAGUGAAGGAUGUCAUCCUGGCGGCGCAGCACACUUCAAUGCGUCGCCAUGAAGAAUCAUGGAAGUUGAACCCUGAACGGAUCUUAUCACCAUUUUUCUUUCGUCAAGGCCAUAGUGCUUCUCUCAGAUGAUUAAAAAUGAGGCGCUCAAGAACUCAGCCAAUUGCUGAAAUUGAGAAAUGGACAGAGGAAGACGUCCAUCGGUGGCUGAUGACAGAGGUCAAAGUACACAAGACAUGUGCAGACAGGUUUGUUGAAGAAGAAGUGUCAGGAGACUCUUUAGUUGCCUUUAAAAAGACAGAUAUAUUGGACUUGGGAAUAAAACAUGGUCCUGCUGUCAAAAUAAUAUCUUAUCUUGAAAGUCUAAGAGAUGGUUUACAACGUGAUCAGUUCCCAGCUUAUGUGGAAAAUUGGACGAAGGAGCAAGUGCACCAGUGGUUACUGCAGCAUGUGAAUGCUUACAGCAAAUAUGCUAUACGGCUCCAAGAAGAAGAUGUGUCUGGAGAUUGCCUUGUUUGUUUCAAGAAGCAAGAUCUUCUGGACCUGGAAGUCAAAAGUGGCCCUGCUGUUAAGAUUCUGUCAAAUCUCAGACAACUGAGCAAAGACCAAGAGCCGACUCUGCAACCCAUCCCUCAUAAUGAACAAAAAGAAGCUCCAAACCCCAUUCAACCGGAAGUCAGUGUGGCUCAGACGGUAGCAUCGGAUCCAGCAGAACCGUUCAACACAACUGAAGUGCAAGCGGACAAAAUGUUAGGAAAGAAGUCUGGAAAGGCUCAACAGCAAUUCAAGAAAGCUUCAGAGGAGAAGAAGAUUGAUGAGCCAAAGCCACAAAACUUCAAAGCCAGAAGGAAAGAAACCGUGGUGACCUCAGUCCUUCCGGGAGUUCCCAAUAUAACUGUGGUGAUCCAGGAAACCCUGGAUAACCUUAAAAAAGAAGACUUUAAAAAGUUUCAUUUUCACCUAAAACAAUACAAAACAUCCCAGUUUCAACCUAUUCGUGAGAGUAAACUGGAGGGCAAGGACACCAUGGACACUGCUCAAUUAAUGACUGACCACUAUGAGAGCAAUGGGGCUGUGAGAGUCACAGUAGAUGUUCUACGGGAAAUCAAUCAAUGUGAACGUGCUAAUCAGCUUGAAAACACCAUGGGUGGACUGGAGCAGCAUCUUCUUUCGAGAGAUAAGAAGAAAGAAGCCAACCAGGGUGAAAAACUGAAAAACUUGUUGACUUGUGGUGGGAACUCAUUAGACAACUACGACAACAUGAUUAUUGUUGUAAACAAGAGCAGUCCAGAGCAAGUGCAGUAUCUCAAGUUUCUGAAUAAACUGAAACUUUUCUGUGUGUUAGACUUUGACCCAGACUCCAAUACUCAGGUUGGACUGUGCCAUUCAUACAGAGAGUCAAGGUGGGCCAAUCUUCACACCCCCUCACAGUAUCAAGGACAGAUUGACUCAGUCAUAAAGAACCUUAACCUCUACAAACAGACCAGCUGGGUCUUCUGCAAUGGGAGACAUGACCUUGAAGGUGACUCAAACAAGGAGUUAAACUAUUGGAACUGGCUGAGGAAAUCUUGCAGCGAUGUCGAGCAACUGGUUUCAUUCAUUUGCAACCCUGAAGUUUUUCUCCAUGGAAGAAGUCUCAUCAUGUUCCUUCUUCUUUCACCUGUAGACUCAGAAAAAGAUCCCAUCUGUGACACCUACAAGGCUUUCAUGAAGCACAUUGAAGAAGAAAUGAUCAUUCAUAUUUGUGAAUCUCAGAGCACAUAUGAGAAAUGGAAGGAACUGAUACAAGAAAAGUUGGACUUUGACAUUGACCCACAAUCAGUAUAUGAGCUGAGCCUCAGUGAGGUCAAUGGAACAGUACUGGCUCUAAGACCAUUCAGUGAGUCAUCUGAAAGGCUGCUUCCUUCCUCUGACUCCAGCUUUGUCGUUCUAAAAAAUAAGGAUGAAGACUUAUUGACAGCUUUGGACAUUUUGUGUCUGAACCAGUGUGAAAAUAUCUACGAAGAUAAAAGUCCAGAGUUUAAUGACAAAAGAACAAAAGUUGAGGAGGAAUUCUACAGGGGAGGCAAAGUCAAAUGGUGGAACUUCUUCUUCUGUGACAAAGACAAACAGAAACCAUUUAUCAAGAGAGACAAGUAUGAAAAUUUGAAAAGGAUGAUCAGGAGUGAGUUGAGAGAGUCAAAAGAAAUGUGUGUUCUGCUCAAUCUGUUUCACAAUCCAGGCUGUGGUGGAACCACUUUAGCAAUGCAUGUCAUGUGGGAUCUCCGUAAAGAGAUUAGAUGUGCUGUGCUGAAA